CGGCUCCGCAGCGGCGGCGGCUCCGCGCCCGGACACCGCGGGGAGCGAGGGGCCCGGCCCGGGCAGCGCCGCCCGCUCCGCCCGCAUCCCCCGCAGCUCCCGCAGCCCCGGACGGGCCGGGGAAUCGAGAACCGGGACUGAGAGCCGCGCUCCGGGGCCGCGAUGGAUCUGGCGGAGGCGCUGCCCCUCGGGGAGCUGGCGGCUGCCUUCGCCGCGCUGCCGGUGUUCCCGCUGUUCGACACCGCCUAUUUCAUCAUCUCCGUCCUCUACCUCAAGUACGAGCCCGGAGCCGUGGAGAUGUCCCGGAAGAGCCCUUUUGCCUCCUGGCUCUGCGCUAUGCUCCACUGCUUUGGGAGCUACAUCCUGGCUGAUCUGCUGCUGGGAGAGGCACCCAUUGGCUACUUCAGCCACAACUCCAGUGUCAUCCUGGCCACAGCAGUGUGGUACCUGAUAUUCUUCUGUCCCAUGAACCUCUUCUACAAGUGUGUCAGCUUCCUGCCCGUGAAGCUCAUCUUCGUGGCCAUGAAGGAGGUGGUUCGGGUGCGCAAGAUCGCGGCCGGCGUGCACCACGCCCACCACCUCUACCACCACGGCUGGUUCGUCAUGAUGGCCACGGGAUGGGUCAAAGGUUCUGGUGUGGCCUUGAUGUCCAACUUUGAGCAGCUGCUGCGUGGGGUCUGGAAGCCUGAAACAAACGAAAUUCUUCAUAUGUCCUUCCCUACAAAGGCCAGUCUGUAUGGCACAGUCCUCUUCACUCUGCAGCAGACUCACUGGCUGCCCAUCUCUGAAGCCAACCUCAUCUUCUUUUUCACCAUGUUCAUGAUAGUCUGCAAGGUUUUCAUGACGGCCACUCACUCCCACGCCUCCCCUUUUGCUCCGCUGGAAAACCUCCUCUGCCCCGUCCUCUUUGGCUCUGUUUCCAGCGGGCACCCAAGCCACCACCACGACCACCACGGAGCCUCCCACGAGGUUUCCCACCCUCCUCCUCCUCCUCCUCCUGCCAAGUCCAAAGAGGAGCUGAACGAAGGCACGAGGAAACGGAAGGCAAAAAAAGCUGAAUAAAAAAGCAACGGCGCAGAAAAUAGGCCAAGAAAAUUCUUCCAGAGCUGAGUCUCAAAGCCACCUGUGACCUCCUUUAUGCUCCAGUCCUUCUCUCUCAGACUCCAGAGGAGAGGUGGAAGCCAGGACACUGCCAGCUGGGUCCCUGAAUUUCAUUUUUGCUCUCUGUGCUGCUGCUUGCUUCUUGGUCUGUGCCUCUCUCUUCUGAUCAGAUUUUCAGGGAUUUGUAGGUUUGUGCCAGGCUGGUUAGUGGGUGCCACUUCCCAAACUGUCAGCAAAUCUGAUGCAGCAUUUUCAAUUGAUGUAAAAUCUUGCACUGUGUUUAUUUAUGAAUGGGGGAAUGGUUUGUGCUCCUGCAACUCUUUAAGUUCCUUAGAAUUUUCACUGACCUUUUCAGUGUCUGCCAAAACAACAAACUGUUAAGACACAAUGUGGAAAUCAGGUUUCAUACUCGAGGAAAUUAAAUGGCCUGGUAUGAGCCUGCUCUGGUUUUUCCCAGCUCCCACACCUGCCAUAUCUCCAAGUAAUGUGACAUUUUAAAUGCAAUAAGGACAUUAUGGCCGAGCCAAACCCUGUUCACCUCAGUUCCCCCUGAUUCUGAUGGUCAGGACGUUGCAUUUGCUCAGCCAAGUCUGUGUUUGCAAGAGCUCUGAAGCUGUGAAGUGCUCCCAGUGCCGUGUGUUGGCACUGCCACUAUCCUAGGCUGUGUGUGGCAUUGCUGAGUCCCACCCCAAAGCUCAUCCUAUUGAACCAGGGGAGAAGCAUGGCUCUGGUUUGUUUGCAGUCCUGUGGGAUACAGGAAGAGUGCGUGUGAGUGUAAGUAUUUAUUACUAUUUAUUUAUAUUUGCCAGGGCACCUCAGUCAAGGACCUGAAUCUGGCUUUUUUUUGACCUUUCAAUCUGAAUUUCUAGUUGUGUCCCUGAGCCCACAGCCACGUGCUGCUUUGGGCUUGCAGUGAUCCUGGUGUGCUCCAGGACAGCCUGAACACUCCCUGGCUGCAGGAAGAAACCUUUCCUAUUUUCUUAAAUUCACAUAGAAAGGCUGAAGCAGGGCGUUUCACACCAGCUGAUGAAAAACUACCUUAAAGGACUGAUAAAAGCACAUCAGCUGAAAAUACUGAUUACCUUCCUUAGAUCCCCUGGGGCCAAACUGCUGGGCUGUGGCUGCAGCUUGUGCCCAGUGAGUGAAGAGUCUGAACUGCCUUGCAGGGCUCAGGAGGGGUCUGUCAGCUCAUUUGUGUUCUGCUUAGUGAACACUGGCUUUUAGAGUAGUUCAAAGCUGUUCUCAUCACUGAUUUUGUUCUUAUCUAUGGCAUCUUCCAAGGGCUGGGAUCACCACAGGGAGAGUGGCGAGCCUGGGGAUGUAGCACUGGGCAUUUUCCAUCCCUAGCAGUGAGGUUUGCUGCUGUUUCCAUCGCAGCUGGGAAUGGAAACAGGUUUGGAGAGAAGUGAGGGUUUGUGUGUCCCUGUUCAAAACUGCAGCUGAUGGUUCAUUAAAGACAAGAAACCCUCCUCGUGUGCGAGCAGGGGAAAGCCAGGAGGAAAGGUCAGAUGUGUUUGGGGUUUGACAGUGCCUUAAUGUUGUGAGUUUCCCUCCCCUUCAGCAGAGAGCAGGAGUUCUGCUUUCAGCUCCACUGUCUGGUCCUGCAGAUGCUGCUCUGCUGGAACCUGGUGUGUCACGAGCAUGCACGAGACUGAAUAAAUGUUUUAUGAGAUGUCUGAUCCAAGGGGAAUUUUGUUUUAUAAAAGCUGUCAACAAAUAAAAAUGGCGAAGUGACUCUGAUUGUCCAGUGGCA